CUCCUUUCCCCCUUAUUAUCUUCUUCCUUUUCUUCCCUAAUCCGACAACCUCCGCUUCCUUAGUUCUCCUCUGUUUCUCAAAUCAAUUUCACAAUUACUAUCUGCGUUCCGAUGGACUCCAGUAUGAUGGCUCGAUUGACAUAAUGGUAAUUGGCAGUUUGGCACCUGACUUGAUGUUGCUGAAAAUCCUCGAUGGUAAGAAGUGAGAAAUGCUUUCCAUCAUACCCAUGUUGUAUCCAGAUCGUAUAGGUUCCUUUGUCAACUAGUUUUAUUGAUGCUGAUGUAACAUUUGUUUGAAAUGGAAGACAGACCGAAUAUGAAUCCUAGUGGAACACAAAGUACUUUAUUAACUAACACCAACUCCAAAAGCUAUAAUGACAUUAUGACUCGCCGUCUAAAGAACAGAGAACGGCAGCGUAGAUAUAGGGCCAGAAAGCGACUUGAAGCAGACAUGCAGAAAUCUCAUGUCCUAAGCCAACCAACCAUACCAAAAGUGGAGUUGCAAAUAAAUGGGACCCUUAACAAUGGGACGGCACGUGUUUAUUGUAAACGGGAUUGGAAAAAGGACGCUAGAAGAGCUCAUAUAUUCAAGGGUCAAGACACUCUUAAUGCUUCUAUCCAGUCUACUCUUAACACCACUGUUGAAAGCCAAAUAUCAUUCUUGCCCCCUAGGGUUAGGGACGAAGGAUCUGCAGGAAGAGAGUGCAAUUUAGAGAAUUCUGGUAACCUGCACAACAGUGAAACUAGGAAACCUAAGCUCGGUCGAAGAGACUGGAAAGCAGAUGCUAGAAAGAAGAAGAGUUGAGUUGGUUUUACCGAGCUAUUUUGUAGAAUAAAUGUAUCACUGGUACAAAAUCAAACGGUGGAUAGCAAUUGUGUGGUUUGCUGACUACAACUUAUGGAGCGGUAAGUCGGUUUGUUGCUGCAUUUAGGAAGAGCUUUUAUUGUUUUGUGAACUUUUACAACUUUUUUGGUUUCAGAUGACUGCAUAGUAUAUAUAUCCAACAUGAAGAACUAUUGUGUGCAAACUUUAUUUCAGAAUAGAAUGCUUUACAGAAGUGGAAGAGUGUUGCAGACUAAAAUUGCACUCGAGUUUCAAUUUUCUAGAAAGAUCGUAU